AUGCGGGGAAAGCGCAAGGCUUCGUCCGGCAGGAAUCAAGAUCAAGGCCUGCAGCUGGUCCCUCAAGUCCAGCCAGUCAAAGUUGCAAGGACGACUCGGCAGGAGGCCCAGCAAGAAGCCGCCACCCGUGCUGGCGACACCGUGCCGCGGGAUGGUAACAUUGAAGAAACAGCAGAUGGUCGCUGGGAGGUGCGGCUGUCCGACCUGCCAAGUGGCACCAGUGCCAAGAGCCUCCGCGCUUUCCUUGGUGAUGAGGUGGAACACUCUUCGGUGCGACUUGACGCAGAAGCAGGCCAGGCAGUCAUAGCUUUGGCGACAAAAGCGAGCGCUGAGUCCUGUCUGCGACGUUGGGAAGGAUUCGCCGCUGCGAUGGGUUCUGUUCCGAAGCGAAGACGUGGAAAUAGGCAAGGCGGAACACCGAGGCAGAGGGUGGACUCUUGGGACUCUUGGGCCUGGCAAAACGGCGCAGCACAGACGGACGAGUCUGGUGGCGCACCUGUGCAGCACGAGCCCAUGGAGUCAAGGGGCUUCUCAGAAUCUGACGAUGAUGCAGGCCAAAGCACGUCUGCUGGUCAGAAGGCCUCUUCCUCGAAAUCUUCGAAGCAAGGCAGUUCGGAUGCCCUUCAACCAUUGAUCAGGAAAAUCGCUGACUUCGCCUCCCGCAGACGUUUGAACGACGCUGUCAGAACCUUCGAGCAGAUCGAAAAGCGAGGGCUCGAGCCGAGCGUGCAAGCCUAUGCAAGCCUGAUCAAUGCAUAUGUCAACAGUGGUGAUAUGGCUGGAGCUGACUCGGCAUUUUCGCGGAUGCUGGCGGCUGGACUUCGGUCGAAUGUGGUAGUCUGCACUGCGUUGCUGAAGGGUUACUGUCGUUCUGGCGAUGUGCGGAGAGCACAGUCCGUGCUUGAGAAGAUGUCUGGCCAGGAGCCUCCGGUCAAGCCGGACUUACGCCUUGUCAACACGUUGCUUCGUGGCUGCGUCAGGGCCGGCGACCUUGCAAUAGCCGAGUCCGUGUUUCGAAGACUCCCUGAGUGGGAGCUGUCGCCAGACGCUUCAUCUUGCUGCUUCAUGUCGACGUUGCUGGGCCAGGCCCUGCUGGUCAAGAAGAUUGCAGCGCUGCUGCGACUGCCGGCCUUGGCUCCAGCUCCAGCAGGUCCAACCGGAGGACCCGAAGGCGGACCGUCCAAGAAAUCGGAAGAAGCUUGCAGGUUUUGGCAGAAGGGAAAAUGCAAGAAAGGUGUUGCUUGUCCUUUCUUUCACGAUCCGGCAGUUGAGGUUGCCCAGAGGGCUGCACACGAACCAGAAAGGCUUGCUGCCGUGGCAUGCAUUGGCCUGGAUGAGGCGCGCGCGGCAGCAUUGCUUAAGCGACCACUUGCUUGCAAGCGCGCGCUGCGAGCAGUGGAGAACGCCCUCGCGGCCGCCAAGGACACGCCGAAGCUGCGCAGUUCAUCAAAGGAACGACAAGACAGCAUUCGGCGCGAUCAGCUGUUGGAGAUUGAGCUCAUCCGGCGAUUUGCAGGUAGCGCUCUGGAAGCCAAGGGAAAGAAAGGACAUGAUUUCAACUUUCUUGACUUCCUUGGUCGCUGCUUCCUCCUUCCGGCAGACGCAGCCCAGCAGCCUGAGAUCGGAAUGGCCGGUGCCUGUGCCGUCUCGGCAGAUCCGAGGGUGACCGUGAAUGUCGUGGCCGCGCCGGUGCUUUGCCUUCCCCAGUCGCCUCAGCUUUCUUGCCACGCCGGAUUCAUGAGUCGCAGCGCCGACCAACUUCCGGGUGUGACACCGCUGCCGUUCCCUUCUCUGCUGACUCGCCCCCAAAGCCCUUCAAAGCCUUCUUGUGAGGGUGCAGUGAAAUCCGGGGAGGGGCAAGGCUUCGAUGUCCAAGACUUUCCGCUCGGAAUCAUGGUCUUCGACCCCUCCAAUCCUCGCCUGCGUGCGCAGCUCCUUGCAGCUUUGGGGGCGCCACCCCAGUCAACCUUCGAAGCAAUGCGUGGAUUUCACGGUGGCAUGAACGAAGGCAUCUGGUUCGUGAAGGGGGGAGGUCAAACGUUGGUGCUGAAACUCGUGAAGUUUGAUCGGUUCGCACCUCACCAGUUGGUAGAGGAACGAAUGUUCACCAAGCUGUUCCAGGAGCUUCCAGGCAUCACAGAAGAUCCAAAUGUGGCGUUCCCUUUCAAAGUGCUGCGCCUCUUGGGCCCCAACAACGUUCGAAAGCACGACUUGAUUGUGAUGAAGAAGGCUCCAGGCAAGUCGUUGGACUAUGUCAUCUCGGAAAAAUGGAGGAAGGGCCGCAAAGCCGAUCUCAUGAAAGUCUUCGGCAAAGUUGGAGAGUGCUUAGCAAAUUUUCACAGGCGAUAUGGUGGCCGACAGCACAACGACGCCGGCACUCAGAAUAUCCUUUGGGACGAGGAGUCACAGCAUGUGACCCUGAUCGACCUCGGCUGCAUGGGGAACAAGUCCAACAAGACCGAUGUACAGCGAUUGAGCCAGGUUGUUAAGAAUCUGUCGAACUGCGCAGCUUAUGGACCUGAACUUGUGGCCACGAUCUCUCAUUUCCAAGAAGGCUACAACCAGGCCAUGCAAACGAAGCCGUCCAAUGAAACCUGA